CAGUGGCUGAAGUGCGUGGAGCGUUUGAAAGCUCUCGGGUAGGUUUCGAUGCUGGAGGACUGAUCCUGCUGCACUGUUAUGCAGCACAGCUCCGCCCAGUGGACACUCGGCUGCACUGCACUACAACUACCUCCGCUCUAGUCGCGCCUCUCCGCUUCUCCAACAGCGGAGUUCAUCGCAAGGAGAAACCCGCACCAGCUAGACUAAUCGGAACUGCGGAGAGAGGGAGAGACGGAGAGAGGGAGGCAGAGAGAGAAGGAGAGGAGAUGCCGUUUUGCAAGCGCGCCAUAGCGCCCAAAGAUGUGUGCAAAAGUGCGCCGAAGGCUCGGGGCGCUAUCUUCUCGGACUUGGUGGACGUGUGCGGCUUCACCCUGUGCUCCGCGCUCCGGCAGCUCGCGGAUUUGUCCAGGCUUUCGGUCAGCAUCUUGGAGGAGCUCGAGGGCGAACUCGCCUCCAUUUGUCAUCGCUCCGGGACGCUGGAGAGUAAAGUUAUCAGUCUGCAAAGGCACAUCUCAGUGCUCGCCAGCAAGCCGCCGCUGAAAACCACCACCAACUUGGACUCGGAGAGCAAGCGAACGGCCCACUUCCAAUCGUCAUGGCAACAGCAUGUGAAUGUGUUCGGCUCAUGGAGUAGGCCGGAGUGCGUGCAGGAGCUGCACCAGGAGGCUCAGCUCAACCUCCAGAGCCUGCUACAAGACUUUGAGGAGCAGCUGUAUGAUAACAGAGUAACAGGACAGACGUUCCGGCACCCCUCCUCUCAGAGCUCAGAGGACACCUCCACUACACUCUGCCUGUCGCCUUCCUCGCUCAACAACAAGAAGCCUGAGUUCGUCUUCCUGCCUGCAAAUAAGCAGGUGUGUGAGGAUGAGGCGACAUCAGUAGGGGUCCGGGCUCAGGACCCGGCUGCCUGCGGCUCAGAUCGUGCUCUCCUUGGCUGGAACUCUUCAGUCGGGCCUCCUGUCGCUGAGAAACCUCGCUGGCACCUUGCCGGUCGACACACUCCUGCACACCUCAUUCCUAUUGAUGUUACAGGCCAGAGCUUUGAUAAGCACGCCAGCGAACUCCAGGCCCCCUUUAGAACUGAGACGGCGGUCAACCCAAAGACCGUCCGCCGCCCGAGGAGUGUGAUCGCAGGCCCUGAUGUCACGCUGCACUGCCAAGGUGAUGGCAAGAUUCUUGCUGUUGAUUUGAUACAAGGUGCCUGUUCUCCAGACUCCUCCCAGCCCAGAUCACUGGAGCCCACCACAGAUAACACAGGCGAACAACACAUACCCUUGCGGAAAACCCAGAGUGACCUAGAGCAUAGCGUACCCCCAUCUCCCAAGACCCCCAUAGGUAUGAUGGAUCACGCCACUCUUAUGUGCCCCAACCCUUCCUGGAAUGGCCCAAAGGGCUCCACCUUCUCUCCCUCCUGGAAUGACUCCUACAACUAUGCUUUGGCUCCAAACCCUGUUGCCAAGCAGCAUUUGUCAAAACCUGGAAUGUUAGCACCAGGCAGUGGUGGAGGUGCCCUUAUGUGUCCCUCCCAGACCAGCUCUGGUCUGUCCAUGAGCUCUGGAUCGCACUCCAGCUCCUUCACCUCCAUUUCAGAACCUUCCGGACACAGGGCAUAUGCAGUUGCACAUGGCAGUGCAAUUACAGGAAAGAGGAAUGAAACUGAGGGUGCAGCAGCCAGUCCAGGUGCCAGCAACAAGAAUGAGAGGGACAAGAGGUCAGCACGAGCCAAUGCUUUCAAAUUCCGUGAACGCUCCCUUUCGACACCAACAGAUUCUGGUUCCCUCUGUUCAGCAGACAACAUGUGCUGUCCAGCUGAUAUAGUGUCUACUGGCCGGGAAGGUGAGAACUAUGCCCUCCUCUACCCGAGCAACAGCUCUGAAGACAGCACCAGCACUGACAAUGUCUCUGUAGCAACAGGGUCAGACUUCUUCCCAGAAGGUCGAUUAAGGUCACGAUCACGCAGCAUCUCACUGAAGAAGCCGAAAAAGAAGCCACCACCUCCAGUACGUAGUGUGUCCUUGAUGAAAAACUUGUCAGAGUCUGGUGGGAUGCGUUCUCACCAUGGUGAAGGGCACUUUAGGGACGGUAGGCCCAAGAGCCUCUUCAUUCCUCGAGAUCACAAUCUCCAGGAUUCAUUCCAGCCUGAGUUCCUAAUGGCAUCGAAACCAGAGGAGGAGACUCAUAGCAGUUUGGAGACAGCCUCUGAUGCGUCUCAGCCCCCUGACAGAGAAGCAGAACUGGCCUUUCCUCCUCAUUGGCAACUCAAUGAGUGGAAGUCCAACAAUGAUCCUUACAGAUCAUUAUCAGGCUCAAGCACCGCCACAGGUACUACAGUAAUAGAGUGCAUUAAGGUGCGUGGAAGCUCUGAGUCCUUGAAUUCACCAUCAACCUCUAGAGCCACUUCUCCUUCUCAACUCUCCAUUGAAGCUGAGACCAAGGUCUCCCCAUUCAAGCCUCCAUGUCUCAUGUCCCCAUCCAGUGGUUACUCUAGUCAGUCUGAAACUCCCACUCCAACUAUUACAAGCUCUGUUAUCACUGGGCCUACUCCAACAGGGUGCAAGAUGCGUCCAAAGAUCCCAGAGAGGAAGUCCUCACUUCCAGCCACUUCCCCAAAAGACAAAUCUCGGUCUCGCCUGUCCUUUGAACUACCUGUAAAUUCCCAAAUAGACUUGUCCUCUGUCAAACCCAAAUCUAAAGCUUGCCGGAGGCACUCGGACACAUCUACAACUAGCAAACCAGGGAAGCUGAGUCCUAGUCAGUCAUCACAACCCAUGGUUACUACAACAGAUUUGCGGAACAUCAGGCUUCGUUCGGUGAGUCGCUCAGAACUUGAAGACAGUCCCGAUGGCUCCUCAGAUAUAAUAGAGGAGGAACAAGUACGUGAUCUUAGUCCUCCAAUCACGCCCUCUAGCUCUAAACCACCCAAGCCACCAGUUGCAGUUAAACCACCACUGCCAAAACGACCCAUAAACUUGAUGCUGAAGUCUCCCUCAUCUUCCCCUCAUGCCCAGGAAUCUCCACCGGCUUCCCCAGUGGACCGACCCAUGCCUGUAGGUAACAUCUACAUGGUGGUAAGAAAGCCCAAACCCAAGAAGCCACCUCAAGCACCAAUCAGUCCAUCUGCAGUGACUCCUCAAGAUCAAUUGCCCAUCUAUCCACCUCCUCUCCCUGAAUUUGAUCUAGAACAUGGGAUACCAAUUGAGGAAGAUUUUAACAUUCCUAGCAGCCCAGAGAAAGAAGACAAAAGCAAGACCCUUCCCAGUCGAUUUACCAUCUCCUGCCUAGCUGAGCUGGACAAGAAGAAAUCCAAGGUGCCUCCACCAGUGCCCAAAAAACCAAAUGUCCUUCUGUUACCUUCCCCUUCUGUCCAAUCCAAUGGCAUGUCAGAGAAACAGACUCUCUUACCUGACAGCGGUUCUCAGUCACCCAUAGGCCCACCACCAUCUGAACCUGAGGAGACAUCUAACAAAGAGGAGGACCAGGAAGCCCCCAUGGACCUCCUGGAGGUCCUCCCAGAGAGCACCAUACAUCAUGAAGAUCAAGGAGACAAAGAGACUCUUGGAAAUCAAGAAAACCAUGAUGCAACAGAGGAUGACCCUCCUAUGGUUUCUGGACCUGUUCAAGAUGUUGAUGUAACAGCUCUCACUGCAGAUUUAGUAAAAGAAACUCCACUGGAGGAGAAUCGCUGUGCAAGUCACAAGACAGAACUACAUAUCACUGAAGAGACAGAUGACGAUGUGUUUGUCCACACUCCUACCACUCAUACAACUGAGGACCUUUUCACCAUCAUACACAGAUCUAAGCGGAAGGUCCUUGGCCGCAAGGAACCAGUGGACUCAUUUGGCAGUCGGCAAAGCCUUGUUUCACCUGUGAAGAGCAGUGGCAGUGACAUUCGAACACUCACCCUAGGCAGCACUCCAAGGUCAAGCUCACGGAAUGAGAACUUCAUGGCUCUUCUUCAGAAGAAGGGCAGCAAGUCGAGCAGUGGAACCCGGGUCUCUGCCAUGGAACUGCUGAAGAGCACGAACCCUCUGGCUCGCCGUGUCACUGAGUUUUCACAGUUGGAUCCAGACAGUGCUGGAACUGACCAGGCCAAAAUGGCUCCGCCAGACCAGUGAUGCAUCUUGUAGAGAACCACAUGCAGGAUCCUAUUAUGGCUGUUUUUCUGUUAAUGCUCCACUGCACAUCUAAAUGGUUUCAUUUCCCAGGACCUCGCACCAUCUGAACUGUGGUGGCUUUGAGUUGUUGCUGCGGGAACACCAGGAUUUCACUUUUUCAUCUUGAUGUCAUGCUGCUGUGGAGCACUGUCCAUGUGAUAGGAAUGGAGCCCAGCGUUGGGACAUUCUAAAAUAGGUUGGCUUUAUAUUCUGCCACUGAGAAUGUGUUACAUGAACUCUGUUAUGGAAAUGGUAACAUUUUGAUACUCUACACAAAAAUAAGGAACACCAGCUUAUGUGUGUGGGCAAAAUCUGCAGCGCAAAUUUAAAAUGCAGGACUAAGGCAGGUGUUAGCAAGAUAACGUCUUUUGUAAUUAAGAUGCAGUUUGAAGUGAAUGUGGUCACACAGCAAGCAUGAGUGCCCAAACAGAAACAUUCCAUAAAGGUUGCAAGCACGGCCUGGUACCCCUUAAAACAAAGCACUUUUUCAUUACAAGAUGUAGUUUACAGAUUAAAAAGCUGUAUUUGUUGUCUGGCUAUGUUUUUUCCCCAGAAGAGAUAUGAAAGGCCAUAUAAAAGUCUUAUGGGUUUUAUUUAAUCUGUACAAAGCUACAUAUACAAUAUAUACUGAAGUGUAAAUUCAGAAUUAUUUGGUAUGAGGCCAAAAACACAAAAUUGUCCAUUUGUUGUGACUUUAAACUGCCUAUUGUGAGAGCAUUCACAGCACAGAGUGAUCAAAGUUACAAAAUGGACCAGCACCAUGCAAUACCCUUCACUUGUACUGAGUCCUAUAGUUCUUCCCGCACUGCCAAUAGUGGUACACGGUGUAGUUAUGUUGUGUCUGUGUACCACAUACACACAAUGGAAAAACCACAGAGCAGAUUAUGAAGACAAUGCCAAAUGACAGAACAUCAUAAGGUGAGGAAAUAGGAAAAGAGUGGGCACAUAGCCAGAAAGUUGUGGAUCCCUCUGCUGGGAUGUUCGUUUGAUCCUGUUUGGUCAAGUACGGCAAAUCUCUCAGGGGUUUCUUGAUACUCAGGAAACCCGUUUUGGCUACCGAUCCAUGUGUAUAAGCUCUUUAUGAAGAGUCUGCACUGUAUAACACUCAAAGAAUCAGGGAGGAGAGUUGCCAAGGUCUUUGAAUGGUAAAGGAGCGCUCAACUUUAUUUCUCUAUCUUUUUUGCCCAGGCUAGUGGUGCUGCAGGCUGCUCUUUUCACCACAAACCCAAAUUUGUAGUUGCAGCUGCAAUGUUUUUUGGACACUGUCUGUGCCCACAAUGCAUUUGUCACACACAUUAUGGGCAUUUCAGACUAUGCAUCGAGGCUGCAUGUGCUGCUUCUGUGCCAGUACUGGUAGGUUAGCAGUGAAGGCCUGUGAAUGUCAGGAAGAAGGAGCAAUGCUCUUCAGUUUACUGUUCUGAUUUUAUUAUUUUGUUAUUAUUCUUAUUAUUAUUAUUAUUAUCAUUAUUCUGUGUGGUCACUGCCCAAGCCACUACGAGAGGUAUUAGCUGCGCAGACUGUUGAGAAGAAACAUGUAGGCCUACAGACAGACACUUGCAGGGGACACUGCUUGAGGACUGUACAGGCUACCUAUGAUGAUCUGACCUGAUCUGGUUUCAGUGUCAGAUGGUUGGAGAUACAAAGGAAGACCCUGAGCAACCAUUGCCGCACUCCAAGACUGCUUGUCCCCCCACAUUCCCAUGCCCCUGUAUGUGACUGCACAUCUCUGGUUCGCAAUCAGAAUCAAACCUGGUGCUAUUGAGCCAGAGCACCCUCUGCAGUCCAGGAGUGGAAGCGCGCCCGGCGAAAACCUGUUCUGACUCUCAAAGAACACUGAGGACUAAAAUCAAAUAUUCUUUUUUUCUUAUAUCAGUCUUUCAGGUAUUCUGACAGCAUCUAAAAAUAUAACAAGAAAAUACAAAAAAGUAUUACAUUAUAAUAGUGAGUGAUGCUUGUUUUAACUAUUUAGUGAAUGAAAAAAAGACAACCAGUGUUUGUUUGCCUUGUAAUCUGGCGUGAAGCCUCUGUGUUUUUAAAAUGCCUUGGUAUUGCACUUCCGUAGGAGUAUGCAGAGUUUCUUUUACUCUUUUUAUGAUUACUACUAUAACCAUCAUUACUCUUGUGUACUCUGUGCUGUACUCCUCCUUGGUCAACAAAACUCUCAUAGUUUCCAGAGGAAGGGGGAAAAGGAGAGAGGGGGAGAGUCAGAAAGAGAAAGUAGUAAUAUUUAGGUAUAGAAAUCUCUGUUAUUCAAAGUUUUAAGAUACAUCUAAGGCAAUGUGGAAGCUACUUGCAGUGGCCUACAAUCUAAACUAUUGGAUUUUUCUAUAUAAAACAGUGAAGAGAUCUCACUGUAUGUGAAGCUAUUCUCUAUGUGAAAAAAACUACAGAAAAACUUAGACUGCUUUAGUGAUUCUCCCCCUUUCUCCAACUAUCCCACCCUCUGUCCCUCUCUCCUCAUAACACCUACAGGAGCUCUGAAAAGGAGAGAUGAGUCUCUGCUGCGCAAAAAACAAAAACACAAAGUGAGAGCACAGUAAACAGCCAGAAAGCACUGCAGUUAAUAUCAGUAUAAAUAUCAGGGGAGGGAGAGAGAGAGAGAGAGAGAGAGAGAGAGAUCAAAGUGAUACUCACUCUGUCAUCUUGUCAUCUUACAACACAUUUUGUAAGUUCACCCUAAUGUAGGCCAAGACCAAACCUGUUUUCUCUCUGGUUGCUGCAGAAAAAGAACUUUCAACCAGGCCCUAAUUCAAGAAGCUAUGACAGGACUCUACGUGUAACGUACAAUUAAGCUCAAAUUUUAACACAAAGUUGAAUAUGAAACGUCUAUAACAAGAUUAUAGUAUGACAGAUCAGCACACAGUUCUCUGUCUCUCUCAGUGACAGAAUGCCAGAACAGAAAGAGAAAAGCUUUAAAAGAAAUAUAUAAAUAUAUAUCUAUAUAUGAAAUUGCCCCUUCCCCUUGGGCCUAGAAGACAGUUAAGUGGGAAAGCAAGAUAAUACUGGAAAUUCUAUUUUUGUUAUUUUAUCAUUGGAAAGACGUAUAUAAAAUUCUGCAUAUUAUGAACUUCACUCUCCAGCAGUAAGGAUAUGUAGCUGUGAGCUCUACAAGCAGCUAUGUCUUGCCUAUGUGCUAAAAAGUUACAUUAAAAUAAAUUAUUUUUCUUGCAUAAC